AUGUCGACCCGUCGUACCUUCCUGUCCCUGGCCGCCGCCGCGCUUGCGACCGUCGGCCUCGUCACUGCAGAUCUCAGCACCGCCGCCCCGGCCUCCGCUGCCGACACGCCCGAGCGGAUCGGCAUCGACUGGGCCUACUACAAUCCCGUCGCCAUCCUGCUGAAGAACAAGGGCUGGCUGGAAGAGGAGUUCGCCGAAGACGGCACGGAGAUCCGCUGGGUGCUCUCGCUCGGCUCCAACAAGGCGCUGGAGUUCCUGCGCGGCGGUUCGCUCGACUUCGGCUCCACCGCCGGCGGCGCCUCGGUCGUCGGCCGCGCCACCGGUCUGCCGAUCAAGGCGAUCUAUGCCUACUCGAAGCCCGAAUGGACCGCGCUGGUCGUCCGCGCGGACAGCGAGAUCCAGAGCGUCGCCGAUCUGCAAGGCAAGUCGGUUGCGGUCACGCGCGGCACGGACCCGCAUAUCUUCCUGCUGCGCGCCCUGGCCGAGGCCGGCUUGAGCGAAGACGACAUCAAGCCGGUCCUGCUGCAGCAUCCCGACGGCUACCGGGCCCUGGAACGCGGCCAGGUCGAAGCCUGGGCCGGCCUCGAUCCGCACAUGGCCAAAGCCGAGCUGGAGUCAGGCGCCCGGCUGUUCUUCCGCAACGCAGACCUGAACACCUACGGGAUCCUGAACGUGCGCGAAGCCUUCGCGCAGGAGCAUCCCGAAACGGUCGCGCGGGUGCUGAAGGUCUACGAGCGGGCCCGCCGCUACGCCCUGGAAAACCCCGAGGAGCUGCAGGCCGGACUGGUGGAGGCAGCCAAGAUCGAGCCGGCCGUCGCCGCCCGUCAGCUCGAGCAGCGCACCGACAUUACCGAUCCCGCGAUCGGACAAGCCCACCGCGAGACCUUCCUGGCGACCGGCGAGGUGCUGCAGAACAUCGGGGUGAUCGGCGCCGACGUCGAGAUCGCCACGGUGGUGGACGAGCUGAUCGACAGCAGCUUCCUGACGCGGCAGGCCGCGGAUUCCGGCAAGGCGACGUCGCGUCUGGAGCUGAUUCCCGGCUACCUGCUGCCGGCCCCCGGCGAGGUCUUCAACGAGUUGGCCGCCCUCUGGCAGUCCGGCGAGCUGAUCGACCACAUCCUGAUCACCGCCUGGCGGGUGGCCGUCGGCUUCGCCGUCGGCGCCGCCGCCGCAACUCUGCUGGGGGCACUGACCGGGAGUUCGCGCCUGCUGCGCGAGCUGCUCGAUCCGACCCUUCAGGCGCUGAAGGCCGUGCCGUCGCUCGCCUGGGUCCCGCUCUUCAUCCUCUGGUUCGGGAUCUUCGAGACCUCGAAGGUGCUGCUGAUCGCGGUCGGCGUCUUUUUUCCGAUCUACCUGAACCUGGUGACCGGCAUUCUGGGCACCGACCGCAAGCUGGUCGAGGUCGCCCGGAUCUGUGGCCUGUCCCGGAUCGAUCUCGUUCGCCGCAUUCUGGUGCCGGCCACGCUGCCCAGCUAUCUAACCGGUCUGCGAGCCGGUCUGGCGCUGGGCUGGAUGUUCGUGAUCGCCGCCGAGCUGAUGGGCGCCAGCGAAGGUCUCGGUUUCCUGAUGAUCGACGGUCAGAUGACCGGCCGGCCCGCGAUCAUCAUCGGUGCCCUGAUUCUCUUCGCCCUGGCGGGCAAGCUGUCGGACGCCUUGAUCCAGACGGUGGCCACACGACUUCUUUCGUGGCAGGACGGCUACGGCGAAACCCAGGAGAAGGCCGCACUGGAGGGCGUCAGCCUGACGGUCGGCCAGCACGAGAUCGUCUCCCUGGUCGGCACCUCGGGCUCCGGCAAAUCCACCCUGCUUCGCAUCGUCUCCGGGCUGGAAGCCCCGACCAGCGGCGCCGUCUCCCUCGACGGGCGCAGCGUCGAGGCCCCCACGCCGGAAGUCGGCAUGGUCUUCCAGGAGCCGCGGCUGAUGCCCUGGCUCAGCGUGCGCGAGAACGUGCGCCUGGCCCUGCUCGACCUGCCCAAGCCGGAGCAGGAGGCGCGGAUCGCCGAGGCCCUGGAGGAUGUCGGGCUGGCCGGCUUCGCAGAGGCCUACCCGCGCCAGCUGUCCGGCGGCAUGGCGCAACGCACGGCGAUCGCCCGCGCGCUGGUCCGGCGUCCCAGCUUCCUUCUGCUGGACGAGCCCUUCAGCGCCCUCGACUCCUUCACCCGCCAGAAGCUGCAGCAGCAUCUGCUGGCGCUUUGGGAGCGCUCGCGCUUUACGCUCGUCUUCGUCACGCACGACGUGCUGGAGGCCGUGACACUCUCCGACCGCAUCCUGGUGAUGCGCGGCCACCCUGGCCGUAUCCACCGCGAGAUCCACGUCGAUCUUCCUCGCCCCCGCGCCCGCACGGCCCCCGAGGUGCGCGGGCUGGAAGAGGAGAUCGCCCUGCAGGCGCCUUUGAAGUCCAAGUACCGCGAGGACGCGACAGCCGGUGUCGUGACCUUCCGCGCCGAGGGCCGACUGGACGAGGGCAUCUCCUGCAAGGUCGAUACCGGUCGUGCCUUGGUCGACGCCGGACUGCACCCGGCCGCCGGCGGCUUGGGCGACCAGGCCUGCUCCGGCGACAUGCUGCUGGAGGCCCUGGCCGCCUGCACCGGCGUGACUCUGCGCGCCGUCGCGACCGCCAUCGGCUUCGACCUGCGCGGUGGCCGGGUGCUCGUCGAGGGCGACCUGGACUUUCGCGGAACGCUGGGCGUCGAGCGGGAGGCGCCGGUCGGCUUCCAGUCUUUGCGCCUGAGCUUCGAUCUCGAAACCGACGAGCCGCAGGAGCGGAUCGAUCAGCUUCUCAAGCUGACCGAGCGCUUCUGCGUCGUGCUGCAGACCAUCCAGAAGCCGCCGCAGAUCGAGACGAGGCAGGCGGUCACGGAAACCGAUCUGUCCGGCGCCAAUCAGCGGAUAGAGCGAGCGGAACCGGCGAAGGACGGUGGCGACGUUCGUCGCCUCUAG